AUGUCAGUUGAGUCUUCAAAUCGGGCUACUCCUAUUGUUACGCCACUAAAGGCUGAUGGAAAAACACCUAGAAUUUGUGGUGACUACCGCUUUACACUCAAUAGUCGUCUACUGCAGCAAAGUUGCACUACUCUAGAAACUGAAGACAUUCUCUACAAGCUACAUGGCUCAAGGUACUUUUCCAUAAUAGAUCCAAAAGAUGCCUAUUUGCAAAUUCCUCUUGAUGAGGCGUCUAGUGCAUUAACAACCAUUAAUACUCCAUUUGGAUUGUUCAAGUAUAAGUUCUUGCCUUUUCGUUUAAAGGUUUCACGCGCAAUAUUUCAAAAUGUAAUAAAUCAGAUGAUAGAUGGAUUAGAUGGUGUUGAGUCAUACCAAGACGACAUUAUAGUUCAUGGUCCUAAUAUCGAAUUGCAUAAUGAAUGUCUUUUAAAACUGUUCAGGCGUUUAUGUGAUAAUAAUGUUCUUGUUAAUCCAUCUAAAUAUCAUUUCACUUUGUCGUCUGCUUGGGAUACACAGUAG